AUGAGUACGGCUAUAGUUGAUGACAAGUCAGAACAUUGCAUACCAUUUCUGCUUAAAUUACUAGAAUCCCACAAGUUAAAACACGGGGAUGACGGCAACGCACCGCCGUUCUUCGUCGGCUUGAACGGUAUCCAGGGCGCGGGGAAGACAGUCCUGGUUUCCACCCUUCGAUCUACCCUGUCUGCAGCCCCAUAUAACCUACCAACCAUCACCUUCUCACUAGAUGACAUAUACCUCACGCAUGCUGACCAGCAGCAGCUGGCAGCUGUGCACCCGAAUAAUCCCCUUUUACAACAUCGUGGGCAGCCGUCAACACAUGAUAUCGCUCUUGGAAGCAAAGUGUUUGACUCCCUGCGCCGAAAUAAGCCAACUCAGAUACCCUCCUACGAUAAAUCUGCUUUUAACGGCCAGGGAGAUCGUGCUCCAGAGGAUACCUGGGAAACUGUAAAUGAUAUACGGAAUGGACAGUCGCUGGUUAGAGUCGUCAUAUUCGAAGGCUGGUGUGUUGGAUUCCGCCCGAGACCUGAAGCUGAAAUUCGUGCAGAGUGGGAAGACGCUGUGAGAAGGCGUGAGUGUGAUAGUAGCUAUGACGGUCAGCUUGGCGAUGUUAAGCUGGAAGACGUUAUGGCUAUUAAUAAAGCAUUGGAAAAGUACGAUGCAUUUACCAGUGAUGCCGAGAAUACACAUGAUGUAUACUACUGGCGACAACAGCAAGAACAGACGCUUCUUGAAGUCAAAGGAAAGGGGAUGACUCCAGAUCAAGUCACAAAAUUCGUCAAUGGCUACUACCCUUCAUACGAACUAUAUACAAACCAACUUCGGGAUGGUGUAUUCAAUCCUACGGAUAAAAUGAAUGAUGAGAAGGCAUGGAAAGGUCGGCAGCUUAGACUCAUCGUUGAUAAGCAAAGAAAAGUAAAGAAAGUCAUUACCAUAUAA